CAAGUAUGGCACGUUAUAAACUCAUCGGAUGAAAUGAGCGACGAAAAUGAAGUGAACAUCGGGAGGAAAAAGAAGAAAAAGAAAAAGAAAGAAAAACGCGAAGACAACAAAAAAGUUGUAUCAAAACAAAAACGUGGAAGAUUGCCGAAGAGAGCAACUGCGAAGCGACUGAAAAGAGAUGAACGAGUGGAUAGUAUCGAACUGGAUGCGCCAACAGAUGGUGAUCAAAAUGAAAAUGAUGUGAACGAGAGUGGAAGCGAUAACGAUGAGCACGGUAGUGUCAGUGUGACUGAACUCGGUAAUAGCGAUAAUGACAACUCUGAAGUGGAUAGUGAUCGAGAACAACAACAACAACAAUUGAUUCAGUUGCCAAAGCGGUGGAGACGAGAUGAAAUCGAAAGA